AUGGCCGCUCAGUCAACUCUCCGUCGCCCGGAGGACCCCCUCCGUACCCUUUACCUACACUACUCGGAUUUGAUUCGCUCUCGUUUCCGUCGGACCACGCGAACCACUCGCCUGAUCGCUACGGUCGCUCUACUUUUGUCUAUAAUCAGCUCAGGAUAUGGAGGAUACAAGUGGCUGCGAGGUCGCGCAAGGGACCGCGCCCAAGGCCACCGGCUGCUGCGUCGUAACUCGGGAAUACGUGGCAAGGAUGGCUCUCGUACCAUCUAUGUGCCCUAUAAGGGCUCGCGUACAUCCAAGGUCAUAAUCCAUCCCACCAAGCUGACCACAUUUGACGCCCAUCGGCGACUCUUUUUGAAUCCUCCGGCAUCAGCACGGAGUAUUGAGGAAGGCUCGGCAAGCCAAAUCCCUCCUCCUACAACAAAACCAGGCUUGAACUUGGCAUUCCUGCAUCAGUUCCUUAGCCUGGGGAGUAUCAUGGUCCCUCGAUGGGGAAGCAAGGAAACAGGGCUGCUGAUGGGUCAUGGCCUUUUCCUUCUGCUAAGAACAUACCUCUCCCUCUUGAUUGCACGUUUGGACGGCGAACUUGUUAGAGACUUGGUCGCUGGCAAAGGGCGACCCUUUAUGUGGGGUAUCGUCAAAUGGUGUGGUAUCGGCACCCUCGCCUCUUACACCAAUGCAAUGAUCAAAUUCCUACAGUCCAAGGUGUCGAUCGCCUUCCGGACCCGUCUUACGAGAUACAUUCAUGACCUCUACCUGACCGAUAAUGACAACUAUUACAAACUGAUGAACCUUGAUGGAGGUAUCGGGCAAGGCCCCGACCAGUUCAUUACGCAAGAUCUCACCCUUUUCUGUUCGGCUGCUGCUUCAUUAUACUCUUCUAUGGGCAAGCCCAUGGUGGAUCUCUUCGUGUUCAAUUAUCAACUAUAUCGAUCACUUGGUCCACUUGCUUUGAGUGGGAUCCUUGCUGGCUACUUCAGUACAGCUGUAGUACUUCGCAAGUUGUCUCCGCCAUUUGGCAAGCUCAAGGCCGUUGAGGGCAAGAAAGAGGGCGACUUCCGUGGUCUGCACUCGCGGCUCUUGGCUAAUGCAGAAGAGAUCUCUUUCUACGGUGGGGCUGACAUUGAGCGAGUCUUCUUGGUGAAGAGUUUCAAGGAUCUACAGCGCUGGAUGGAAGGCAUCUACAGCCUAAAAAUUCGGUAUAACAUGUUGGAAGACAUUAUUUUGAAAUACUCCUGGUCGGCUUUCGGAUAUUUGAUCACAUCUUUGCCUAUCUUCCUCCCUGCAUGGGGUGGCUCGGGUGGUGCUAUGGAGAUGAUCGACUCACCCGAGGGGAUGGGCCGUGAACGGAGUCGCAUGAAGGAGUUCAUCACUAACAAGCGUCUGAUGCUCUCUUUGGCCGAUGCGGGCGGCCGCAUGAUGUACAGUAUCAAAGAUAUUUCUGAGCUUGCGGGCUACACAUCGCGUGUUUAUACCCUCAUCUCUACUCUCCACCGCGUUCACGCCAGCGCCUACUAUCCACCCCGAGGAUCGUAUUCCGAGCUCUAUUCCCUUGCCGAUGCACAAGGCACUACACACAAUGGCUUCGAUGGAGUUCGUUUGGAACAUGUUCCUAUUGUGGCACCAUCUCUUUACCCCAUGGGCGGUGAUGAGCUCAUUGAUUCCCUGUCAUUUAUCGUGCAUUCUGGUGACCAUCUCCUCAUUUCGGGAUCCAAUGGCGUGGGCAAGUCUGCAAUCCCUCGCAUAGUAGCGGGUCUUUGGCCUGUAUACCGUGGAUUAGUCAGUCGCCCACGCGGAUUCGGCCUAGAUGGCAUCAUGUUCCUCCCACAACGACCUUAUUUGAGUGUUGGCACUCUACGAGAUCAAGUUCUUUACCCUCACACCGAGAUCGACAUGCGGGAGGCCGGCGAGACCGAUGCAAACUUGCAGAAGAUCCUGGAUGCUGCGCAUCUAGGCUAUCUACCAGCUCGGGAGGGAGGGUGGGAUGCUCGAAAGGAAUGGAAAGAUGUGCUGAGUGGCGGAGAGAAGCAACGUAUGGGUAUGGCCCGGCUUUUCUAUCACGAGCCACGAUAUGCUUUCCUUGACGAAGGCACAUCAGCAGUCUCUUCAGAUGUAGAGGGACUGUUGUAUGAACGUGCAAAGGAGCGCGGCAUCACUCUCAUAACCAUCUCUACCCGUGCAUCCUUGAAGAAAUACCACACCUUUAACCUCAGUCUUGGUCUAGGGGAGGGAGGUGAUCGCUGGGAGUUUGAGAGAAUUGGCACUGAGAAAGAGAAGCUCGGCGUUGAGAAGGAGCUGCAGGAGCUGCGUAAACGGCUUGACAAGGUCGAUGAGUGGAAACAGCGUCGCGAAGAAAUUGACAAAGAGCUGUGCAAGGUCUGGACGGCCGAUGAUGCAGAGCUUGCUCCCCCACCAUACCAGGAAGAGGAACCGGUGUCUGAGGUUCCAGAGGCAGGGCCGACCAACUAA